GUUAAACCAGUCUCUGGCGCGUCCGAGGAGAGACCAAAUCCUGGGUGACAGGAAUCCGGGUCGUUCAAGUCUUCUUGGUUGUAUCCUGUACUGGUUGUGAAGGAGAGGCCUCGCCGUAGCACACAACAAUUCAAAUUCGAAAUGACGGCUAGCAGUGCAAAGGAGCAGUUUCUUGGAAAGGACUACUUCUUGGAAGAUCCAGGCUCGACACCAAGGCCUGCCUGUUGGGCCUCAAGAGAGGCUUGGAUCGUGCUCUUCAAGCUGGAGCUGGUGCCGUACGGAUACACAUUCGUGGGCAAAGGGAUUCGGUCGCCUCACCCAUGGCCCUGCGGGCAUGAAACCCGGCUCCUGAAUCAUGAGAGCUACAUGUACGCGCGACUCGACAGGCUUCAGGGCGAAGCGGUUCCCGUGCACCUUGGACUCGUGCAGCUGGCCCGAGACCCGCCGCGUUAUGCUCAUCGACUUCGACCAAGCCACCCUUCUUUCACGCCCCAAACACAAGCGGGUUGUCGGGAUGUCGGGUGACAGGAAACGGAAGCAAAAGGAUUUUGAAACCUACCAAUGGAAACGCACGCACUUCUGGUGUACAUGUUUGGGUAGGGCAGAGUCGUUGCUGACUUGUUGUGAGGUUUAUACAGUUGCAACCCCAACCGUCAUAAA